GCACUCUCGCAGCUGUCUCCUCGCUGCCGAUCUCUCCUCGAACGUUAACCUUUCUAUACUUGCUUACGCUAGUUUUUAUUGAUUGAGCGACCUCGUCAUCAUGCUAUCAUCACGAGGCCGCAACAAUGCGCAGUUGCACAAGAUCCCCUGGCGCUACGCCUUAGCACGCACUUACGACAAGGAGACCAAUCCGUCGGGAAUGAUCUCGUUUGGAUUGGCAGAACAUGCUCCAAUGCGUGCAGAGAUAUCCAACUACAUCAACACCAAGGUUGAAUUCAAUGUAGCAUCCGUCGCCUAUGGCUCUGGUAAUGAUGCUACUGCUCGUCUACAGAAAGCUGUGGCAGCGCAUCUAGACGAUAUCCUCAAGCCAAUCGCUCCAAUUGACCCCGAGAACCUCAUUGUCGCCAGUGGCGCAACAGCAAUAGGAAGCAUGCUUGGAUUUGCGUUGGCUGAGCCGGGUGAUGGGAUCCUCGCUAGUAGGCCGGUUUAUGGGCGGUUCGAGCUCGAUUAUGGCGUUGAAGCAGGCGUGCAGAUGGUCUAUGCGGAUACCAUGACGGAGGAGGCAUUUGCUCCUUCUGUUGUCGAGAAGUAUGAGAUGGCACUUGAAGAUGCUAAAGCGAGGGGUGUUCGAAUUCCAGCAUUGCUCCUAGUGAAUCCGCAUAAUCCUGUUGGCCGCUGCUACUCCGUCGAAACCCUAACAGCAAUCCUCAAGUUCUGCGACAAACACCAACUUCAUAUCAUCAGCGACGAGGUCUACGCUUCUUGUGUCUUUGACACUGGGGAUCCCAGCGCCGUGCCAUUCACAUCUAUAUUAUCCCUCAGCACCCCAGAACUGAUCAAUCCUGACCUCGUCCACUUGCUAUGGGGAUUUAGCAAGGACUUCGCAUCUGGAGGCCUCCACCUAGGUUUUCUAAUUUCACAAAACGCAUCCCUCCGCCAAUCCUGCAAAGCAAUCCUACGCCUCCACAAUGCCUCCUCAGCAGCCAUAACAAUCGGCACUGCCAUUCUCGAAGACCGGACCUUCGUCCACGCCUUCACAGCAAAGUCCCAGAAAGCUCUCGCUUCUACAUACCGCAUCGCAACAUCUACUCUCGACCGUGAGGGAAUUAAAUAUAUUAAGGGAGGAAACGCAGGAUUUUUCAUCUAUAUCGAUCUAUCGCCUUACCUGCCCUCACCAGCACCCGCACCAUCAUCAGAACAUAAACACAGUCCAUCCGCAGCCGAAUUCGCCCUCGCCCAGAACUUCGUCGAUGCCGGCGUCUUCCUUCAUCCAUGUGAAGAACACGGAAUGAUACCGGGGUGGUUCCGACUUGUUUUUGCCCAGGAGGAAGAUGUGUUGAUUGAGGGCUUAAGAAGGAUGAUUGGAGUACUCAGAAGUUUGAAGUGACGUAAUGUUUUAGGAAUUAUUUUCUUGGGUUGGUAGUCUAUGUAGUUCUCACGACUUACCAACUUGACCAGAAACCUUGGUUGGGCAUUGGAUUGUUCUUGCAUCUCGAGAGUUAGUUGGUCGUGACAGUUUGGGGUGGGUACUCGUGCUGUGUGGGUGAAUGAGACUGACUACUUGAUUGAUUGAUUUGAUAUAUCUCAGCUAGCACCACAAUGUAGUAAUAU